CCCGUCCCAGUCCCAAUCCCAUCCCACUCCCAUCCCAGUGCCCUCCCAGUGCCCUCCCAGUCCCUUCAUGUCCCCACAGCCACCAACCUGUGCUUUGCCGAGAGGAACGUGUACACCUCGGAGGUGCUGGCGGUGGUGAUGCAGCAGCUGAUGGAGCAGAGCCCGCUGCCCAUGCUGCUGAUGCGCACGGUCAUCCAGGCCCUGACCAUGUACCCCCGCCUGGGCGGCUUCGUCAUGAACAUCCUCUCCAGGCUCAUCAUGAAACAGGUGUGGAAGUACCCCAAGGUGUGGGAGGGGUUCAUCAAGUGCUGCCAGCGCACCAAGCCCCAGAGCUUCCAGGUGGUUCUGCAGCUGCCCCCGCCCCAGCUCGCCGCCGUCUUCGACAAGUGCCCGGAGCUGCGCGAGCCCCUGCUGAGCCACGUGCGCGCCCUCACCCCCCACCAGCAAGCGCACAUCCCCCUGUCCACCAUGGCCAUCCUGGAGGCCACCACGCGCCACGAGCCCGAGGGGACACCUGGAGAGGAGAAGCCCCCGCGGCGCCCGGGCGAGGAGGAGCCCAAGGCCCGGGGGGGUCCCGCGGGUCCGGGCGGGGGUCCCGGCCCGGGGUCCCCUCCCCCCCCCGCCGAGGGAGCCCCCCCAGAGCUGGGGGGGGCGGAGCUGGAGCCCCCCACCAUCUUCAUCAGCGUCGGCGAGGAUGAGGAGAGCUCGGGGGGGGGAGGGGACGCGUCCCCCCCGGACCCCGCCCUCGACCCCACCCCCACCAAGGACCCCCCCGCGGGCACGGAGCCCCCCCAGCCCCUCCCCCCUCCUGGCGAGGCCCCGCCCCCCAGCCCCCCCUCAUCGGAGCCGCCCCCCCCCGGCACCCAGAGCCCCCCCCCGGGGGGGGUCCCCGAGGGUCCCUCCGAGAGCUGA